UUCGACCGAGCACAUUCCACCGUCGCACUUGCAUGAUCGGAAUGAAAGCGACACAUUUCUUCGAAACUUUGAAGUUUGAAUCAAUUUAACGCCGUUAUGACAAAAAAGGCUGUAAAAAUGUUUCGCUUUCUUCUUUGCGUUUCUGUUUGUCUGCCGUUCGUGACCGCAACAGCAGCGGAAGAGGAAGAAUACGCGAUGGCCUUCAUCCCUGCGGGGGAAAUGGCGACCAAUGAUGCCAAAUCAGUUGAAAUUGAGUCUUUUUUUUUGGACAAACAUCCUGUCACCAACUCCGCUUUCAGACAAUUCGUGAGGGAGCGCAAGUACCAAACGGAAGCUGAGAAGUUUGGAUGGAGUUUCGUCUUCCAGGAUUUUGUUUCUGAGGACCUGAAGAGCAAAGUGACGCAGAGGAUUGAGUCUGCUCCGUGGUGGCUUCCUGUGGAACGAGCCUUUUGGCGACAGCCGUCAGGUCCUGGUUCUGGCAUCCGGGAGCGUCUGGACUUCCCCGUGGUUCACGUGAGCUGGAACGACGCUCAGGCGUUCUGCAGCUGGAAAGGCAAGCGGCUCCCGAGCGAAGACGAGUGGGAGUGGGCGGCGCGUGGGCGGCGGCAAGGGCGGACUUUUCCAUGGGGGAACAAGUUCCAGAGCAACAGGAGCAACCUGUGGCAGGGGUCCUUCCCAGACGGGGACACGGCGGAGGACGGCUAUCACGGCCUGUCGCCCGUCACCGCCUUCCCGCCUCAGAACGACUUUGGUCUCGUGGACAUGAUGGGGAACACGUGGGAGUGGACGUCCAGCGUCUUCCCCGCAGCGCAGCACAUGUUCGUGCUACGCGGCGCCUCCUGGAUCGACACGGCGGACGGCUCGGCCAAUCACAAGGCGACGCUCGCCACCAGGAUGGGCAACACCCCUGACUCCGCCUCUGAUAACCUGGGCUUCAGGUGUGCCUCCAGUGGCGGGAAGAGGAAGCAGCAGGAGGAACUGUAGCGAGAGGAGCAUUGGGAUGGAGAUGACGAACAGGAAACUUGCUGACUCAGAAGAAACUGAGUGGCAGGAAGCGAAACAUCAAAAAGUUUCCACCGCAGUCUCUCGAACUAACAAGUGACUCACACUUUAAAGCUCGGGGGUCCAAACUUUUCAGCGAGGGCCGUGUCAAUAUGUCGCAGAAGGCGGGGCCACUUUGAUACAUUCUGCACAUUAAAGGCCUACUGAAAUUAGAUGUUCUUAUUCAAACAGGGAUAUCAGGUCCAUUCUUUGUGUCAUACUUGAUCAUUUCGAGAUAUUGCUAUAUUUUUGCUGAGAGGAUUUAGUAGAGAACAUCGAGGAUAAAGUUCUCAACUUUUGGUCGCUAAUAAAAAAGCCUUGCCUGUACCGGAAGUAGCAGACGAUGACAUCACCCGUGUGAGGGCUCCUCACAUCCUCACAUUGUUUAUAACGGGAGGCUCCAAAAAAAAGAGCUAUUUGGACCGAGAAAACGACAAUUUCCCCAUUAAUUUGAGCGAGGAUGAAUGAUUUGUGGCUGAGGAUUUUCAUAACGAAGGACUAGAAAAUGAAUAAAGUAAAAUUUAAAAAAGGCGA